AAGUGCACCUUUCAGGACUUAUUAGGAGCACUCUUCAGUGGAAGAUCUUGGGACGCUGCUAUUUAAAGAUGCUUUCCUCCAUAAAGACAAUGUUUUUAAUUUUGGCUGCCACAUUUACGUUUGGUUUUACCUAUUUUUGCCUGAAAUCAGAUAUUUUUCAAGAACUCUAUUUAGCUAAAUUCAAUUCCAAGCUUCAACAUAGACAGUCCAUAUUCUAUCGAACUAAUCCAGAUUGUCAUCCGGCUGAGGCAAUCAAAUGCAAAAAUGAAUUAUUUCGUCUCAUGAAUAAAUUAAGAAAGAGGGUUUCCUUAGAUCAGGAUGAAAACUUACCAAAAUGUCCAGAGAUUCCACCUGAUUUAGGUCCAUUGGAUAUUAAGUUUGCGUAUAAUAUGUCCCUCCUGAAGAUCAUUUCCCAAAAUCCAAAUUUACAACCCGGAGGACACAGCAGGCCCAAGUACUGUACAGCUCUGCAGAAGAUUGCCAUUAUAAUCCCAUUCCGUAAUCGAGAAUCUCAUCUCAGGACCUGGCUGUACUACAUGCACCCAUUCCUACAGCAGCAGCAGGCAGAUUAUGGUGUAUAUGUGGUUGAACAGACAGAAGAUACAUUGUUCAACCGAGCCAAGCUGAUGAAUGUGGGUUACUCAGUAGCAAUAAAAGACUAUAAUUAUACCUGUUUUAUCUUCACUGAUGUGGACAUUAUCCCCAUGGAUGGGAGAAAUCUCUUCAGGUGCUCUGACAAUCCCAGGCAUAUGGCAAAUUCUGUGGACAAGUUCAACUUUAAAUUACCCUAUAAUGACAUCUUUGGAGGAAUUGUGGCAUUUACAAAGGAACAAUUUAUCAAAGUAAAUGGAUUCUCAAAUGUGUUCUGGGGUUGGGGAGGAGAAGAUGAUGAACUGUUUCAAAGAGUGGUGGCUAUGGGAAUGAAGGUUGAACGACCGGACCAAACAAUUGCCAGAUCCAAAAUGAUUUCUCAUAAAAGAGAUCCUGGUAAUGAAAGUACAGGAAAGAGCUUUCAUCUCAUAAAAAAAGCCCAUGAACGUCUACAUAAGGAUGGACUGAAUUCCCUGAUUUACACCAUCAUCAGUAUAACCAGUCAUAAACUUUAUACCAAAAUCACAGUUGAUAUUGGGAACGGAGAAGAUGCUUCCUCUACAGAAGGGAUCCUCAACCUUUUUAACCUGUGAGCCACA